AUGUCCUCAACAACAACAUAUUCUUUGCAAUUUCUAAUCCAACGGUUUCAAGAUUACAAAUCUCAUCAUAAUCUUCAACAUUUUCCUGCAAAAUCUUCAGCUGUCUUAGUUUGUAUAUACCAAGAACAAGGAGGAGAUGGAAACGAGCUACGUGUGAUCUUGACCAAACGCUCAUCCACUCUCUCUUCUCAUCCCGGAGAAGUAGCAUUGCCUGGAGGGAAAAGAGACCAAGAAGAUGCAGAUGAUAUAGCUACCGCGUUGAGAGAAGCUCAUGAAGAAAUCGGUUUAGAUCCUUCUCUUGUUACAGUCGUCUCUGUUCUUCAACCAUUUGUUAACAAGGUAAAAAUUGAAGUAAAGCAUCUAAGUUCAAGUUACUUGACUAUUAUUAAACUAUCAGUCUCAUCGGGGUGUUUGCAGAAGGGAAUGUCAGUUGUACCAGUUAUCGGAUUUUUAAGCGACAAGAAAGCAUUCAAACAGUUACCAAAUCCAGCUGAAGUAGAAGACAUCUUUGAUGUUCCAUUAGAGAUGUUUCUUAAGGACAAGAACAAGAGAGCAGAAGAACGAGAGUAUGAAGGAGAAAGAUAUCUUCUUCAUUACUUUGAUUACUAUACCAAAGAUAAAGAGAGAAAAUUUGUUAUAUGGGCACUCACUGCUGGUAUUCUGAUCAGAGUUGCCUCCAUUGUUUAUCAGAGAUCUCCUGAGUUUCAAGAACUCAAGCCAAGCUUCUGGAAACAACCUUCUUGA